GAUGUCGUCAUAUAUAGCAACCAAAAUGGCAUCUUCGGACGCCAAACAUGGCUUCUGCAAAACACUAACUAUUUCAGAUGUUCAAGAAAUAGUUUUUUCAAACAAUGUGCGUUUUUAACAAACAAACAAAAAAAAAUUAACUUGAAGAAAAUUGUUUACAGUGUACAUUAAUUCUGCACUUCCUCAUAAAACUUUUGUUUUUUCAUAAACCUUGUCACUAAACUUUUGCUUGACAAUGUUUUUGUUUUUACUCCAUGGACAGCUGACGUCUUUAAUUUAGCUUUAAUCUUUUAGUUUUACUAAAUUUUUUAAUCAAAACUUUUAAUUAAAAAUGUAGUCAAACUAAAAAAUUAAAACUAAAGACUAGACCCAAGUCAAGGGAGUAAAACAGUUUCAAGACAAGAAUUUAUUUUGACACCUUUAUUUUUAAUAAUUAAUAGGCCUAGACCUACUACUACUUCUUAGUGUGUAGUAAUUAUAACUGACCAUUAUAACUUAUAUUUUAAAUAAUAAGUUAGCUUAUAUUACCUUAUAACUUACUGUAUAAGGAGCAGCAGCACAGUCUUAUUAAUUAUUAUUUGAAAUUAGGGUAAAUUUCGGGUUAAUGGAUGAGUUUUGCCAAGAGUUGUCUCACCCUGCCUAAGCACAGUGACUUCACUUUGGGAAUCCCAACUCUGGACUAAAAAUGAAUAGACCAAUUGUUGGACCUGAACGACAUGUGUGAUAUAAUUUUACGGGAAAUUUCUCCAUAAUUUUCCCCCCACUUUCAAUAACAAAAUAAGAAACAAAAUAAUCUCCUGUGUGAGAGGAUACUUCUCCCCAGAACCCCUCCCCCCACUUUCAAAAAUAGAAAAUGAGAAAAUAAAAACUUGCAUUACGUAAACACAAACAUAAAAAAAUGAAAUCUUUUGAAUGCGGAACUAUACUACGGAUGAAAGUUGACCUGGACUUGGACAAACCUCCAUGACCAAUAGGCAUAUAUUGUGGAACACAUCACCAGCCUUAUUGCUAACCCAAAAUCAGCAUCACUAUUUGGUAACAAAAAAAUUAUAGAAUUUGUAUAACACAACCAGGUCUCCUGUUAACUGUAGAAUGAUGAAGAAAAAAUAUUUUCAGGUAUGCGUCAAAAUGCUUCUUUUUAUUUCAAAAUUUAUCAAUAAUUUUCCACAUUUGCCCCUGCCCCCUCACCAAUCAGAGUGAAAGUCCUUUUAUCCUAACACUCUUUUAUUUUAAGAAAACACUGUUUAUAUCUUAGAUCACUUAUUGAUGAAAUGGAGGAGGGGGUAGCACUAUUUUCAGGCUUUGCCCCUGGUGCAGAUUCUCCUUGGCAUGUAUAUGAUGUUUAGAAAGAGUCCACAUUUUUUAAUUGUCCCCUACAUUUUUUGUGCCUUCAGCUGCUUAAUUUUUGUGUACUCUAUCAAAAUUAAACUUUAGAUUUAACAAUGUCUUCAAAACAGGAACAUGAAGCUAAAGAAAUCCUAGCAGAAAAACUUGGAAUUCCACCAUUCAAAGAUGGAAAAGAUGCACAGAAACCACUUUUCGUUUCUUUUAUUUAUGAUAAUAUUAUGUUUGCUACUGAAAAAGGGUUUCCAUGGUCCCAGAUUCCUCAAGUGGUGAAAUUUGUCCAUGAACUCCUUAAACGAAUGUUAGGUGAGUAUUAUAAAUUAAUCUUGGGCAUAAGUUAGCAUGGCUAAUUAUAUACCUCAGGAGACUAGAACUAGAAGAUUAAGGCAAGCCUGCACAACAUACGGCCUGCCAGCACCAACUUUGAGGCCCUUGAAGUCACGAAAUAUUAUGUAUUUUUAUUAUUUUCUUAAUAGUUUUCCCCCAGUCCUAUUUUCUUUUGGCCUACACAAGUUUUUCAUAAAGUAUUACGGCCCGCCUUACAUUUUGAGUUGUGCAUACUAAGAUGAUGAAAGAGUGGUUAUUCUGAAAUACUAGAUUGGCAAUAACCCCCCACAAAAACAUAUUUAUGUUAUUAUCUUUAUAUCAAAAAGCAUUGUUAAAAAAUGAAAAUAAACAGAAACAAAUAGAAGGCAAAAGUUAUUAAGAUAAGAUCCCUUAAAAUAAGUAAAGACUUAAUUUGAGAAAAUUAGAAUUUUUUAUAAGUUCCUAUUUAUUCAACUUAUGAGUUAGGCAUAUUUAAUAUAUUUUGAAAACAAAUGGUAAAAAAUUUUCUAUGUAUAAUUUAAAUAUUGUACAUUUAUUUUGUUAGCAUUUUAAAUAUCUAAAUGUGCAUCUAAUUAUUUAACCAAAUACAAUAAUUUAAAAGAGUUAUGCAAAUCUUGUAUGAAACUUAAUGGAAGAUAUUGCAAACAUACCAUUAUCAAGCUAAGAUUAGUUUUCUGUUUGAAAAAUAGCUGCUUGCCUUUUUUAUAACUAUAUAAUUGUAUACAAGGUGGUCAAUAGAAAUGGGCCUAUUGUAACUGUAACUUUCUAAACAACAAAACACAUUUUAAUCCUAUAUUAUUCUAUUUCUAAAAAUGAUUUUAUUUUCAAAACGCGGUUUGAAUUUUUUUUUAUUAUCAAAAUGCUGUAUAUAUUUUCGGACCAAUCCGUGUGAUUGGCAACCUGAUUCUGUGGCAUUCUGCGGAUGCGCACUAAACAUCACGAUGCGAAACAACAACAAACAUGGUGGAUAACGACUGCCUGGAUGAAAGAGUUGUUUGUGCUAUAAAAUCUCGAAAAAGAAAAAAAAAUUAUUUCGUCAUUCAAGCGGAGGAAAGAUACCCUCCGUUACGUGUAAUUACAAUAAAGGGUUCUGCAAGGUGAGUUACUGGUAACUUUAUUAAAUAACCACUAAAGUUCAUUUUACAUUAUUAUUAAUACUAUGGUCAUGGUUACUACACAUCAGAAGUGUUUAGGAAAUAAAAAUAAAAAGUUGCUUUAUAGAGUUACCUGUGUUAUUUAUUACACAUUAAAUCUUUCACAUGCAGAGCCAGCCAUUACAGAAGAAAGGGUGCUCAAGGACAGAAAUAUUUGCUCUCUCCUUUGAAUGUAAAUAAGAAGCAUAGACUUUUCUUGGAACAAAACCAAACUGCUAUUGAAGAUGCUGCACACUCUAAAUCAGACACUUCAUUAUUUUCUAUUUUGUUGUUCUUCAAAAUAAAAAAAAUGAUUUGUGAAUUGAACAUUAUCUUGUUUACUUUUGUUUAGAAUUCAGAUUUAUAAAAACAAAUCAUGCAGACUUAUAGCACUCUAAACAUUACACUAUUACUGGGGAUUUUCCAGCAUUUAUAAACUGUUCUGUUAAAAUAUAUCAAUAAAACACAUUAAUCAUACACAAAUAUAUAAUGUAUAUUAAAUAAUUUAAACUAAUUUUGGUAAGUAAGUGGUUUGUAAUUUAUAAACAAACUGAAAUAUUUGGUACUGGGAAUUUUAUCCUAUCAAAAUGGAUAUUCAGCAUUUUGUCGCUAAUUUGUAGUUGGAUACACAGCAUUUUGAAACAAAAUAAGAAAUUGAACCUGGUAAAUAAAUACAUUUUAAUCAACAUACAUUUGAAUUUUCAUCAUAAUCUAACUUAUAUUUUGAAUAUAUACCUAAAUUAACACUACUUUUCUGAAAAUUUGAGCCAUCAUUGUGUAGCAAAAAAAGUCGAUUAUCUCAAAACGCCAAAGAUGGAGAAACAGCAUUUUGAAAAUCGACUCUUCAUAUGCCGAUCAAAUUGAUUUUGAAUACAUUUAAAGAUUUGAAUUAUUAUAAGAUAUGUGUGACUACCAAAUCAAACUGUGCCAUCUUUAUUUACUUAAAUUCCAGCCCACAGUUCUUGAAAGAAAAAAAAUUCAACAGAGGACUGUAUUUUAAAUACAAAUUUGAGAGUAAAAACUGAAGUGUGAAAUUUUUACUUUAAAUUUUCUAAUUGUUUACUGCCAUCUCAAGUUUUCUUGUAAAUUUCAGUUGAAAAGCACAAACUAUCUGAUGCUGUAGUAGACAUCAAGGAGCUCUUCCCACUAUUAGAUUUACUAGACAGCCAUCAAAAGAAACAAUAUACAGAUUUCCUUUAUCAAACUGUACUACUCCAUUACAACCUUUACAAAUAUGUCUUCUCAAACCUAAGGGAACUGAUUAGCCCACUGGUAAUAAUGUGCCUAAAUGUUCACAAAAUAAAAUGCUUAUGAACACUAUUUUCUUACAUCCUAAAUUUACAUUUAAUGAAGAGCAGAUAUUCUAUAUCAACCAGUCCUUGAUAAGCGUUAACACUUCUGUUUAAAAAAGUUACAUUAAGUUAUUAUAGACAUUUGCAUGGGGUAUUAUUUAGAUAUUGUGUGACUUAAUGAAAACAAUAAUUAAAGAGGGGAUAGAAACGUGCCAAUUUUUCUAGUUAUAUUCGAGAAGUGAUUUUAAUUUUUUGUAAAUCUUCCUUUGUCAUAAAGAUUUUUUAGAAGAAAAAAUGAACAUGAUAAUAAAUGACAAUCGUAUAAGGUGGAAAAUUAUUAUAUUACACCAAUAACAGAAAUAAAUAUGAGGCAAUUUUUUAUCUUUCCGAGAUUCGUAAAGAGGUAAUAGUGCCUCCAAAACCACUUCCACUGUUCAAAGGCAAAGUGAAGGCUGUUUACGAAUAUGAAGAAAAGCUCAAGGAAUUGGAGGACCAGGAAGCACAAGCCAUAACAGAGCUCAGAGAAAAGAUGGCCAAGUAAGAUUACUCUUGUUGCAGCUAUUAAUGAUAACCCUGAAUUAUAUUUUACCCUUAUCUUGGCAUGCUAAUGAUUAAUGAAACAUUGUUAUUUUUAUAGUUGAUUAAAGAUUUGUAAAAAGCCAUUAUAACAAAGGAUCUAUAACAUCUAAAUAAAUAAUUCAUUAGUUUUUUCUUCUGUGUGCAGUUUGAGCAGUGAAACAUUUGGCCACAAGACCCUAGGUGAUCUAGAGCAUGAGCCGACACCUUAUUCUAGAAAAGUAUGUUGUUUGUCAAGUUAAAAUGGUCUGUUGAAUUUGUGAGGCAUUUAAUCAGACUGAGUCAGUCAAAUUACAACAAUCUCAUUCCUGUAGUUUAACAGAAGGUAUUUCUGUAUCAAUUUUGUGCAUUUUUAUAUUAUUGUUUCUCAGACAUAGAAUUUGUGAAAUUAAAAACAAAAAUGUGAAUUCCCCAAAACUUAUGCUAAAAAAGCUUUAAGUCCACAUUUUUAUGCUAAUGAAAAUUGGCAUGGUUUUUGUUAUAUUUUCAACAGUCACUUUAAAUGACAGUCAAUUUAAUCAGCAUUUGAUGUCAGCACUUACUGCACAUGGUUUGUCAUUUUACCAUCUUGAUUAUGAUACAAAUGGUAAACUGCUUUCUUUACAUCAUCCAUUUACUACUUUUAUACUUAUUAGGUUAUAUAAUCAAAAUGUUUCACAAAAUCGACAGAUGUUGGAAGAACUGGUCCAGGAUAUUGUGUCAGGAAUUGCAGCCAAAAAGACAACAGAGAUCCUCACGAAAGCUGAAGUAGUUGUCCAAGAUUUACAUUUCAAGCUGGUGAAGACUUUAAUUCCACGGCCCUCUGAAUUAGGUAGACAUUCAAUUUGUCAAAUAUUUUCAGAGAAAGGGCUAGGAGAAUUUAUUUUUGAAAACUUUUUAUACCAUCUCCACAUUCUCUAACACCCGCGGCCCCCCCCCCCCCCCCCCCCCCCAAAAAAAGAAAAAACACCCCCCCCCCCCUCAACCCAACUAUCUAGCACAUGAAUUUCCUUGCUUUUGGGUUAGUCCCUUGCAUAGCCAGUGGCUUUCUAUCUGCCUAGUAUUAUUGCCUUUAGUUUGAACAGUCUAAAGGGUCAAAGUUAACAAAUUUAAAUAAAAUUAGAUCAGAUCAUUUUUUUUUCUUAUCAUAGGCACUCUUUAAUAAUUUUAUUGAUGACAUUCAUAUUUAUAGAGGAGGAAAAGGGUGAAAAUGUCUUUGCUUGCAAACUGCCCCUUUCGAUAUUUUCAAAGAUUGCUGUCUCAAGAUUAGUGGUAAAUGUUAUUUAAAAAUAGAGCAAUUAAGUGGGUUUUAUUUUGACUGCUCAUGUCUUUCAAGCUACCAACAAUUAUUAGUCCCUAAUUAGCUUCAUGGAGACCCAAACAAGCAAAAAAAAUUAUGCACUUUCACCUUGAGAUUUGUCCAAGAUAAAAUGAUGUCUCAAAUUAUGACAAAGAUAAUGUGGCUGGCCACCUGUCGAAACAUAAGAUUCAAACAGUUUGAUGAUUUUUAAAAAAAAAUAAUUAUUCUUUCAGGAAUACCACGUCAGUUUAGUCUGAGGCCAUCCAGAACGCCAAGUGCACAAAAACUGAAAGAACACCCUUUGUCAUCAAAAUCUACCAAGCAGGGGAGUAAUACUUCCACCAUAAGCAGGCGUUAGUGAAGACGUUGGCUUCCACUGACUUAUCAGCAAGAAGAAGCAAAGAAAAGGAAAUGUUAUUUAAAAAAAUUAAUUAAAUAAAACCCCCUAAAAUAAUAGUUUCAAGAUGAGAUUUGAUGCUGUGUGCUGGUAAAGCGUUACAAUAGUUUUGGUGGAUUAUGUCUGAUAUUGACCUCAAGUCUUCUAGCAUGUACUGAGUAACAGUUUGAAAAUUCUUCACUAGGGCUCUUUGGUAACGAUAACAAAUAAAAAAAUUGACACCUGUAAACAAUGAAAGUGACACUGAAACUAUUGGCAACAUUAAUGCUAACCAAAAAAAAUUGAAGCACUGUAACAUUCGCCAUCUGUUGCAAAGGAAACUAUGACAUUAUAAAGGAUUCUAUUACAGUGAACAUUGAAACACCGUAACACUCACCAGCUGUAACCAGGUAGAACUAUGACAUUAUAAAGGAUUCUGUUACAGUGAUAAUUGAAACACUGUAACACUCACCAGUUGUAACCAAACCAGGUAAAACUCUGACAUUAUAAAGGAUUCUGUUACAGUGGCAUUAACCAAGAAAACAGUAACAACUGUUACCAAGGAAGCAGUAACUGCUAAUCAGAGGAACUAAGAUGUAACUCAGUAAUUUAUUGUGAAACUUUGAUUGGAGUCAAAGGCUCAAAUAUAUAUAAUUUAAAACCAUAUUUCAACAUUUUUUAUCAUAGAAAAUACCCACACUGAAAGUAGAGGAAGACUGAAAACCAUAUUUUUUCAUUUUUGUUGACUUUCCGAUUUGCCCUUCACAAAAACUUUGAAUAAACUUCUUUCCCACUCGGAAGAAAUCAGUUAUUUGUCCAAUUGUGAUAAUGUCUUGAAUUUGUUUAUAACAAUAUUCCACUUUAUGUUGUAUGUAAAUAAAUAUUACUGAAUUGUUA